AUGGUUAUUGAGACUAUUCCCGGUGCUACUCCAGGAAGCAAGCAAAGGUUUGACAGGUUAUAUGUUUGUUUCACAUCUCAAAGAGAAUCUUGGAUAGAAUCAUGUCGACCUAUCAUUGGGCUAGAUGGUGCAUUCUUGAAGUGGGAUAUUAAAGGGCAUCUACUAGCUGCUGUAGGAAGAGAUGGAGACAACAGGAUUGUGCCAAUUGCUUGGGCUGUUGUUGAGAUUGAAAAUAAUGUGAACUGGGAAUGGUUUGUGAAGCUUUUGAAAUCGGAUUUAGGACUGCAAGAAGGAGCAACAACAACAAUAAUAUCCGACAAGCAGAAGGGACUUGUGAAUGCUGUCAAGAAUGAGCUUCCAGAAGCUGAACACCGAAUGUGUUCAAGACAUAUCCUUGCAAACUGGAAAAGAGACAAUAAAGAUCCUGAAUUAGAGAGAUUAUUUUGGAAGAUAGCAGGAAGCUACACUCUAGGGGAUUAUCAAGAGCAUAUGGACACACUAAAAAAAUAUUGCUCAGGUGCCUUUAACUCCCUUCAGAAAACAAACCCCAAUACAUGGUCAAGAGCUUUUUUUAGGUUAGGAUCAGAUUGCAAUGACAACCUUAACAACCUUAGUGAGUCAUUCAACAAGACAAUUAGAGAAGCUAGAAAAAAGCCAUUGUUGGAAAUGUUAGAGGAUAUAAGAAGGCAAUGCAUGGUUCGUAAUGCCAAAAGAGCUAUCAUUGCUUCACAUAGUAAGACUAAGUUCACAAAGAAAGUUCAUUUGGAGGUUGAAAAGACUAAGGAAAAAGCAAAGGAUUGCAUCAGAUAUAUGGCAUGUGGGAAUGUUCAUGAAAUUGAUGAUGGAGGUGUCGCCUAUAGUGUUGAUAUGGAUUUGAAAACAUGCGGGUGUCUCAAGUGGCAGCUCAGAAGAAUUCCAUGUAUUCAUGCUUCAUGUGUAAUAACUGCAAAGAAACUAAAGAUGGAAGAUUUUGUGUCCAAGUACUACACAAGUGACAUGUGGAGAGUGACAUACUCGCGUGGUAUCAGGCCGGUGUAG